GAGAUGGCGUCCCACAUCGUUGGAUAUCCUCGCAUGGGCCCCAAGAGGGAGCUCAAGUUUGCCCUCGAAUCGUUCUGGGAUGGAAAGAGCAGUUUGGAGGAUUUGCAGAGAGUCGUAGCUGAUCUUAGGUCAUCGAUGUGGCAGCAGAUGGCCGCUGCCGGCAUCACGUACAUUCCCAGCAACACCUUCUCAUACCAUGAUCAUGUGCUUGACAGCACCGCAAUGCUCGGUGCUGUUCCUCCCAGAUAUGGUUGGGAUGGUGGUGAGAUCCCAUUCGAUGUAUACUCCUCCAUGGCCAGAGGAAACGGCUCCGUCCCCGCUAUGGAAAUGACCAGGUGGUUUGACACCAACUACGACUACACGGUGCCUGAAUUGGGUCCCGAUGUCAACUUCUCUUUUGCAUCUCGGAAGGCCAUCAACGAGUACAAGGACGCCAAGAGGCUUGGAGUAGAUACUGUUCCGGUCCUUCUUGGCCCGGUGUCCUAUCUGCUGCUAUCCAAGCCUGCAAAUGGUGUUGACAAGACCUUUUCUCUUCUGUCCCUCCUCGGAAAAUUACUUCCCAUCUACAAGAAGGUUGUGUCCGAACUUAAGGCAGCUGGCGCUGCAUGGGUUCAGUUUGAUGAGCCCACCCUUGUGUUGGAUCUUGAUUCUGACCAACUGCAAGCAUUUACUGAAGCAUACUCGGAACUAGAAUCAUGUCUUUCUGGCGUGAAUGUUCUCGUCCAAACCUAUUUUGCUGAUGUUCCUGCUGAGGCAUAUAAAGUUCUUACUUCCUUGAAGGGCGUCACUGGAUUUGGAUUGGAUAUAGUCGAUGGAGACAAGACUCUUGAUCUAAUCAAGGGUGGUUUCCCCACAGGCAAGUAUCUCUUUGCUGGAGUUGUCGAUGGAAAGAACAUCUGGGCCAAUGAUCUUGCUGAAACACUCAGCACCCUCCAUGCUCUCGAGAGCAUCGUGGGAAAAGACAAAGUUGUGGUCUCCACCUCUUGCUCUCUUUUGCACACUCCUGUCGACGUAGUUAACGAGACUGAGUUAAAUGAGGAAAUCAAGCCAUGGCUUGCAUUUGCUACUCAGAAGGUUGUUGAAGUCAACGCCUUGGCCAAGGCAUUGGCUGGACAAAAGGAUGAGGCAUUCUACUCAGCUAAUACUGCUGCUCAGGCCUCAAGAAAGUCCUCUCAAAGAGUAAAAAACGAAGCUGUCCAAAAGGCUGCUGCUACUUUGGAGGGCUAUGAUCAUCGCCGUGCCACAGCUGUGAGUGUUAGACUUGAUGCUCAGCAAAAGAAACUUAAUUUGCCAGUCAUCCCAACAACCACCAUUGGCUCCUUCCCUCAGAGCGAGGAACUCAGAAGAGUGCACCGUGAGUUUGAGGACAAAAGGAUGUCUUGGGAAGAAUAUGUUAAGGCCAUCGAGGUGGAAAUUAAGAAAGUUGUCAAGCUUCAAGAAGAGCUUGACAUAGAUGUCUUGAUUCAUGGGGAGCCUGAGAGGAAUGAUACGGUUGAAUACUUUGGGGAGCAGUUGUCAGGUUUGGCUUUCACCAUUAACGGGUGGGUGCAAUCUUAUGGAACUCAUUACGUGAAGCCACCCAUCAUCUAUGGUGAUGUGAGCCGCCCCAAGCCAAUGACUGUCUUCUGGUCCACCGCGGCCCAAAGCAUGACUGCUCGCCCGAUUAAGGGAAUGCUUACAGGCCCUGUCACCAUUCUCAACCGGUGCUUUGUCCGAAAUGACCAACCUAGAUUUCAAACUUGCUACCAAAUUGCCUUGGCCAUAAAAGACGAAGUCGAGGAUCUUGAGAAGGCAGGGAUUAAAGUUAUUCAAAUUGAUGAGGCAACUUUGAGAGAGGGUCUGCCACUGAGAAUGUCUGAACAAUCUUUCUACUUGGAUUGGGCUGUCCACUCUUUUAGAAUCACUAACUGUGGUGUCAAGGAUACUACCCAGAUCCAAACUCACAUGUGCUACUCCCACUUCAAUAACAUCAUCCACUCAAUCAUUGACAUGGAUGCUGAUGUCUUCACAAUCGAGAACACUCGCUCUGAUGGGAAGCUUCUUUCAGUUUUCUGCGAGGGAGUCGAGUGUGUUGCUGGGAUUGGCCUUGGUGUCUAUGACAGUCACUCUCCAAGAAUUACAUCAACUGAAGAGAUCGUUGACAGAAUCACAGAGAUUCUUGAUGUGCUCGAACCAAAAAGAGUGUGGGUUAACCCUGACCGUGGACUCAAGAAUCGUAAAUACAUUGAGGUCAAGCCUGCGCUUGAGAACAUGGUUGCUGCUGCCGUGCUCGUCCUCACCCAACUUGCCAGUGCUAUGGAGGCGGUAUACAGAAGUUGGGAGUAA